AUGAGCAGACAUAGGCUAUUGCUAUUGUUGGUGGCGUUGACGGCACUGGUGGUGUUGACGACGGCGGCGGAGUACAACGUGGUGGACUACGGCGCGAGGCCCGACAGCGGGGCGGACUCGGCAGGGGCGUUCCUGGCCGCAUGGAGUGCGGCAUGCAAUGACACGGGACGCUCCGGCUCCCGGCCGGUGCUGCGGGUGCCGGCGGGCAGGUUCCUGCUCAACCAGGCCUACUUCAAGGGGCCUUGUCGGAGCGCCGGCGUGGACGUGGCCAUUGAUAACAACAGCACCAUCUUCGCACCGCCGACAGUGGACAACAGGGCGUGGAUCAUGUUUCACCAUGCCGAUGGCCUGGCGAUUCGUGGUGGGACGCUGGACGGGCAGGGGCAGGAGUAUUGGGCGUGCAAGAAGGCCGGCAGGUGCACCGCCGGGCAGGGCCCCAGAACGCUUGACAUUAGCCAAUCCAAAGGCGUGAUCGUGAAGCAGCUGACACUGCUUGACAGCAAGGAAUUCCACAUGACCAUCUUCGACUGCAGCGGCGUGACGGUCCAAGGCGUCCGGAUCAUCGCGCCGGCCGACAGCCGCAACACCGACGGCAUCCACGCCAGCCACUCCCGCCACGUGAGGAUCCUCAACACCACCAUCGGCACCGGCGACGACUGCAUCUCCUUGGGGCCCGGCACCUCCGACAUGCUCAUCAGGGACAUCAAGUGCGGUCCGAGCCACGGCAUCAGGUGUCACCUUCAGUUGCCAGUUCAUCAUACAUUAUUUUUUGUUUGCUUGUGA